AUGGCCUGCCAGUCUGGCCAGACAGAAGUCCCACAAUGUCAUAUCGACACCGCAAAAGAUGCCUUUGCUCGGGAUCAGCCUAUGACGACUGAUCUUCAUCCUGGGACGUUCUUCGCUGAUCCCAACUAUCUGGAUUCUUUGCCCUAUAUCGCAAAGAUUCUGAUUUGCGCCAUCCAAGACUCAGGAGACCAUCCCAAUAACCCUGCGCUAUGCCAUCACCAAUCUGACCGAGCCUUGGACCAGUACCGACAGACAGGUGAUGAGGACCUUCUCACAAUAGCUUUCGCAAUGGAAGCCAUGGCUCUGUGGUACGUGCCAGCUGUACACCCAGGCCGAGGGAAAUCGAACCACCACUUGGGGCUUCUGUACCAAACAAAAUGGGAGAAGGGAAAGGUACAGACGGACCUGGACGAGUCAGUUCGCCACUAUAAACUGGCGAUGGAAUUUGCCGACGAGGAUGACGCCGUGUUGUGCGAAUGGGCCUGCGACGUCGCUUUUGUUUCUUGGAAGCACUGGGAAUUUACCAAGCUAGACAGCGACAAGGAGGAUGCAAGUCUCUUCUUUGAUUGUGCUAUCGGCCUUGCCGGAGAACAACCAUCGCGCGCUCGGCACCUCUCUAACAAGGGGGAAUUCCUUUACCUUACUAUGUCUGGCAGCGACUCAGAGAGGGUCAUGUCACUCACCGAGUCUAUUGAAUCCCACGAUGAAGCAGUCGAAUUCUGUGACGCGCAUCCGGAUCUUUCUUCGCAGCAAUUUGCACCGUAUGGGAUGAUUUACCGCAACGCUGCAAAAGCGUACAUUGGGCGUUUCCGCAUAGCAAAGAAGGCUACAGAUGGAGACAAAGGAAUCUCUCUAUAUGAGAAGGCUCUCGCUCAGGAGACACCGGGAAAUCAAAGCUGGCAGCGUUUUACAGCCGAGCUUGCUAAUGCCUAUAACCUGCGGUUCGAGGUGUCAGGAGACCCCGAGCAGGGAGAAAAGGCCUGUGAGUUGUGGAGAGAAGCUAUUACCAGUGACCCCACCUCCAUCAAGCCAAGGGUAAACCUUGCAGAGUUCUAUCGCUGCAAAUCAGAAAAAUGCGUUGAUCGGGGCGCGACUGAAGAUCUCCUCGAUCAAGCCCUGAAGCUAGCUAGCGAUGCGAUCAACGUGUUACCGCCGGGGCAUUCCGAGGCUGGUCUAGUUUUCCGCUGCUUCGCAGCCAUUUACUGCAGUCUGUACGAAGCCAGUGGUGAGCUGUCGCUCAUUGACAGAGCGGUUGAGUAUGGGAGAAAAGCCACACAGGCUCCGGAUCAUGACGACAUGUGGGAUUGCCACCGCUUACUGGCUCAGCUUUUAUCCACGCGCUACGAGCGUCUCCAAAAGCCAGAGGACAUGCGCGACUGUGUAUCUGCUGCCUCACGAGCAUUCUCUAUGUGUCCAGUCGAUAGUCUCGAGGGCCAGGGCCAAUGCGUAUGGAUCAUGGGCAAAGCGACGCGCGCAGAGUACGACGGCUCUCGAAAGACUGAACUACUCACACAAGCCAUCGUGGGAUUUUCCCAGGCAGAGCAGCUCAUACGCAAUGACUCACCAUCAAAAGCCCUUGUUCUCAACGAUUUGGGAAAUGCGUACGUACAACUUUUCGGGCACGAGGCGCGCCCCGAGCAUCUAGAGAAGGGCAUCGACGCGUAUAAAGAAGCGUUGUCGGUGCUGCAGCGGCUCCACGGAACCGAUCGACACCCCGAUAUUCUCAUGGUUAAUACCGCCCUUGGAUAUGUCAUGGUUCAGCGGUUUAUCCACUGGCGGGCGGAGGCUGAUGUCGAAUCAGCCGUCAAGUACUGUCGCAGAAGUCUCUUGGGUAUGGACAGGCACCAUCCGCGACAUGCUCUGCGCGUGGGAAACCUCAGUGCCGCGCUACAGCUGCGUUUUCAAAGCAAGCGGAAUAUGGAUGAUCUCAGAGAAACACAGAAUCUACUCACUGAGGUACUCGACGGCUCUGUCCCGCUCAGCGACGGAGUAAAAACCAUGCUCGCCACCGUUAUGGGCAAUACAUACCAACUGUCGUAUGGCGUAACUGAGCAAGCAAUCGACCUGGAAAACGCCAUUGACUACUACACCAGAGCUGUCGCCGUCGGGGGUGCCGCAGCGGCUCCACUGCGAGGGAUGGCGCUGAACCACAAGGCUGCCUGUCUUCAGCUGCUUGCUAUGUCCACCGGAGAGCUAGCCAAUUUUGAGACCUGCGCAAAGGCGUAUGAGGAGUCUCAAAGGCUGCUGGGCAAGGAAGACCCGGUGUACUGGGUUCCUGUGAUGAAACACGCAGAUCUACUGUAUGCCAUGUAUGAGUUAAAGCUGGGGUCUGACUUCAAAGAGCAUGCGCGUCACGCGCUUGACAAAUACGACUACGUUGCCAACUUGAAGAUCAUCUCGCCAGCCAUCCGAAUCACUGCGGCGUGUCGGGCUGCCGAGCUGUCCAGUCGUGUGCUUCAAGAUCGAGCGAAGGCCCGAGAUGACAUUCUCAUCAGCUUGUAUCUACUUCCCGAGGCUAUAUUAAUGCACGCGACUCGAUUAGAGCAGCUCAAAUUCGUACGACAAUACGAAUCUGUCCCGAGUAUGGUUGCAGCCCUAUCCAUCGACGCAGGUGAUCCCGCAAGCACCGUCAUCCCACGCCUUGAAGCCGGGCGUGCCUUCAUCUGGGACCGCGUUCAAGGCCGGGAGACACAACUGAACGAGAUUGAGGCCGUUGACCCCGCGCUCGCUGACAGAUUCCGCACCCUGCAGCAACGAGUCACCCAGCAAUCUCGAGCUGGCAGUUUAUCGGGCGAUCUUGAUCUAGCGUCUGUCACGGCGGACGAUGCAAAUCGCAUGCAGCGCCAGCACGAUUCGGACGCCUACCGCCAGGUCCUCGGCGAGAUCAGAGCACUACCAGGGUUUCAGUCAUUCUUGCGCAUCCCAGACACCACCACUGAUCUGCAAGCCUAUGCCGCCGACGCACCAAUCGUCUUCAUCAACUGCAGCGACUACCGCAGCGACGCUCUGAUAAUCACCAAAGACGAGGUGUACACUCUCCCGUUACCAUCCUUCACCCUAAGCAAAGUAAAGCACUGGGGCCAGCGAUUCCUACAAGCACGAGAAGGCCUCGGUAUCCCCGAGUCCCAAGCAUGGGCCCUCAACACAUACAACCUAGUCAUGAAAUGGCUAUGGGAAGCAGCUGCCCAGCCGGUCCUCACCUCCAUUAACUGGAACAGGUACGAGUGCGGACCCUUCGGAAAGCCCCGUAUCAUAUGGGUCUCCACCGGAUGGAUCAGCGUGCUUCCCAUCCACGCCGCGGGGGACUUUUUCGAGUCUUCGCCAUCACUGUCCGAAUCCAGCGUCCCGCGCUGCGUUCAUGAUAUCGCUGCUUCGUCGUAUACGAACUCGUUGAAGUCACUGGAAUUCACCCGCUCAAAUGCAGAGCGCAUGGACUCGCAGCCGAGCGCCGCCCCUGUGGCCCUCCUAGCAGCGAUGGCGACCACGCCGGGCCUCGGCCCAGAAGGCGAUCUCGCCGUCGAGGCUGAGAUAGCCACUAUCAAAGACACCCUAUCUCCAGUCUUCGCAGUAAACGUCCUCAACCAACCAACUUCUAAAUCUAUCAAGGCUGCCCUCCCCGCCUCCACAAUCGCCCACUUCGCAUGCCACGCCGUCGCAGACAGCAAAGACCCCUCGCAAAGCGCCAUCCUCCUAGAAGACAGCCAGACCCGUCCGCCUCCCUUCUGCACACGCACCAUCCUCAACCUCGUCCUGAAGACCUGCAACCUCGUCUACUUGUCCGCUUGCGAAUCCGGUGCAAACAAAGACAUGCUGCUCCUUGACGAGGGCAUCCACAUCGCAGGAGGGUUCCACAUAGCCGGUGUGCCGCAUGUGUUAUCUACGCUGUGGAAGGUGCAGGAUAGUGUCUCGGCGGAAUUGGCGGGUCUGUUUUAUGGGCUGUUGGUGGAGAGUGGAAGGGACGUGGUUGACUUUGGGAGGGCGCCGUUUGCGUUUCAUGAGGCUGUGGGGGUUAUGAGGCGGAGGGGCGUGCAUCCUAUGCUUUGGGGGCCAUUUGUGCACUCGGGGCCAUAA